AUGAGAAAGCCCUGUGGUUGCAAGAAAUUGAACAGCAAUAAAAGGCCAGUGGCAUGGCCAGCAAAACCAGAGCAAGCAAAAAAGCUUGAAAAUUUUGGAGGAACAAAAGCUCUUGCUAACUCUGAAAGUGUGGCGCUCCGAGCUCAAGGCAGGAUUCCAGCUGAGCUUUCACCAACGCUGAGAACCAGACAGAGCCCACCUGAGGAACAUCAGCCUCCUGCACGCCCAUGCGAGCCCUCCGGACCUCCCAAGGUGUCAGAAGGGCGUUUCCGUCACAACCGCGGCCCGCCGCUGCCCGCCGGCUUCGGGCCCCCACGGGCCGCCUCCGGCCACUACUCUACUGCCGUAGCGGGAGCAGGGCCGGCGUCGUUCCUAGCCCUUUGCUGCCAUCUGGCGGGCAGCGGCCGCCUCGGCCCGGCCCCGUGCUUGAGGCGGGGGUCUCCUGUCACGGCUGAGAACGGCCUCAACCCGGGUCUGUCAUAUCUGUCCAACGGUGUGACCGGGAGCAGAGUGGGGAGGGGGCACGGUGCACUUUACAGUCGAGAUGCCGCGGGGCCUAAUCCAGCUGGGAAACUGGCACCAAAAUCGCUUGGCUUUCCAUUCUGCUGUCUUUUGCUAUUGCAUGAGAAAUAGCAGCACUUUUCCAAGAAGUGACUCAGGAAGCGACUUGAAGGAAUAACGCAGCAAGUACCACC